AUGGACGCGCGAAUGGACGAAGACGAGCCGUGCGAUGUAAAUUUGGAGUGCCCGUUGGAACCGUUCGAUAUUUCCAAGUGUUUGAAAAGGCACAAAGGCGUGUUGAAAAUGGGCGUCAAUCACGCGGUUCGAUUUACGUUGAAUGCUGAAAAUUUAUUCGUCUCGCCGUUACCCGGGUCGACGAUUUUCUUAGACGACGAAGUCGUCACGGAUAAGAUGACGAAGAUGCUCGAAGACGGGUCUCGCUUGCGUUUCGCGAAAUCCGAGUACGUUUUGAUCUCCGAAGGUUUCUGCCCGUUGCCUUCCUGGGAAGCAGUCAUUUCUUCCAGAUAA